AUGCAAUCCAAGGCCGCUAUUUCUCUCACUGUUGCGCUCUCAGCCUUUUCGGCAGCGGCGGUCAGUAUCGACAGAAGAAUUGUCGGUGGAGAAGAUGCCAAGGAUGGCGAAUUUCCAUCUGUUGUUAGCAUUACUGGUUCAAAUGGUAUUUGCGGAGGCACUUUGCUAGAUAGCACUACUGUGCUUACUGCUGCGCAUUGCCUUGCUGGAACUGUCUCUGUGAGGGCAGGAUCGCUGAGACAUGACUCGGGUGGUGUAGAGGCUAAAGUCGCGAAUCGGACAUCACACCCCGAGUAUUUACUAAGCGAAUAUGUCAAGACCAAACCCUAUGCGAAUAAUGAUAUUGGCAUCAUCAAACUAGCAAGUCCGAUCAAGAAGAGCGACAAAAUUGACUAUGCUUCGCUCCCGGCAGACGGCUCAGAUGCCAUGGUCGGUUCCAUGGGCACAGUCGCAGGCUGGGGCGUACAAGAAGCCGAUUGGACUUUCGCAGGCGAAGUCGCCGAAGAGAACCUGGCCAAGGUCACUCUGCCUGUUCACGCACGCGAGUUCUGUGACAAGCUUGAGCCAAGUGUCAAAGGUAGAGACACGGUGCUGUGCGUUGGUGGCAAUGGCAAGAGCGCGUGCAGAUAUGAUAGUGGAGGUGGCUUCUUUGAUGAUACGACUGGUCAAGUCGUUGGCGUCGCGUCAUGGUCAAUCGUGGAUAAAGAAUGGCUCAUGUGCAACAACGCCCCCAUGAUUUAUACUCGAGUCGGCAGCUACGUGUCUUUUAUCAAGCAACAUCUCGAAGGUGCGGAUGCUGCUGCCAACCCUGAUCUGGCGCCGGCGCCGGCGCAGAACACGACGACUCCAGACCAGGGUCCUCGGGCCAAGUAA